AUGGCUUUUACAACAAGUAUGAUUCCGGAACAAGCUCAAGUUAAAGAUCGUGCUGAUGAACUUCUAUCUUUAUGUAAAAAAGCAGUUGCUGACUGCAAUAACGUGAAAACAACACUUGAUUCACUUGACAAGUUACGUUGUAAACAACGUUGUUCCAAAGUUGUCAAAAGUCAAUUGAAGUCCCUAUACACACAGGCAAUUAGUGAAGCUGAACAUCAAAAAGCUACUCUUAUGGCUGCUCUAGAAAAGGUAUCGGAGAUUCGUGCUAUAGAAUAUAAGUUGAGAACACAUGUUGGUCCGAAAAGUUUUCGCCGCGGUGUCCUAAUGUCAGUUUUGCAAGAAAAUGCCAAAUCGAUACCACUUUGGAUAGGUAAACCCGGUGAGAGUCCCCCUGCUCUGUGUGGUGCAACAGCACCAUCACCAGAUAUUCCCGCUGAUCCUGGUGAUCAUGUUGCUGCCCUUGUUCCAGAACCAGACGUGGCAGCUGCUGCUUGUAAUUUAUCUGAAGGUUGUAUAUUGGCUGAGGUUGUUUCGUAUAAUUCUGAUAAAGAAAUCUAUGAGGUAGAAGAUGUUGAUGCCGAAGAAGGAAAGAUGCCAAAGCGUUACUCUCUAUCCCGUUCUAAAGUUAUACCUUUACCAAAAUGGAAAGCCAAUCCGAUUACAAAUCCUGAGGCAAUAUUCAAUAAAGGUUCUACUGUUUUGGCUCUUUAUCCACAAACAACAUGUUUCUACAAAGCAAUUGUGGAUGAAAUCCCAACUCAUAUACAUGAUGAGUAUUCCCUUUAUUUUGAAGAUUCAUCCUACCCUGAAGGUUAUGCUCCAGCUAUUAAAAUACCACAACGAUAUGUUAUUCAAUGUCCUGACAAAGAAGCAAUGACGAGUAAACAUUUAGACAGAUCUAAAAAACGUGGUAAAAAACUAUGA